GGGCCAACACAAAAACAUUACGUUUUUCUCACAAUUUAAGCCUAAAUAUACUUGAUCUGUCUGUAAUUUUCUUACAAGUUGAAUAAAAGAGGAAUCUCUACUAGUCAAAGUUCAAAAAUUGUUACUUUAAGUUAUUGUUCAACAUUAAUUUGUCUUAUGAAAUGUCGAAAGCGGAAUCCACUUCUCGAGGCGGCACCGAUGGUCUGAACGUGGAUUUUAUGCGUUCACUAGUCAAACAGUACUCUGAACUGGGUCUAUGGACUAGUGCGCUGUUCUGGGCGGAUGCAGCGGCAGCUGCCGGCAGCGGGUCGGGCACAGCAAGUGGCGAUGAUGUGUGGCUGCUUGCCAGUGCCAUGUUGGCCAGGGGGGAGUACCAUCGGGCCGCUUAUGCUGUUACAUCUAGAGGCUUGCAUAAACAACAUUUACUAUGCCUGGGCGUAGCAAUGCGCGCACACCUAGCGGCGCAAGAGGCCGCCACAGCCCUGGCACUCUUCGAAGAGAGCGACCCCGCGCUUUUGGAGCCCCGGAGUGACCAGACACACAAUCGCGCGCUAGCCGGCGUGCUAGUAUCCCAAGCACGCGCUCUCGCCUCGCUCGAGCGGCGCGACGCGGCCUCGGCCGCUUUAUGCAGCGCGCUCCGAGCAGACUGCGCGUGCGUCGAGGCCCUCGCGCUAUUACACCGGCAGACACCGCUCACAUACAAGCAGGAGAUAGAGUUGCUGGACUCUCUGCCCAUUAGCAGCCAGUUAGGUGCCGCGGAGGGAGCGCUGCUGCGGGCCGCGUACCGUGACCGGGUGUACCGGCAUUCUACGCCCCCACAGGAUACAAAUGAUCCGGUAUCAUCAUCAACAGAAGUGGUCCGCGCGCGUACAGCCGAGGCGGCGGCGUCGCACGCGCGGCGCCUCGCAGCUUCUUGCGAUUGGGCCGGAGCCCUAAAAGCCCUCGACGGCGUGGACCCGUGGUGUGCCGCCCCUGUUAGGGCUGCGUGCUUAGUGGAACUUAAGAAGAGUGCAGAGUUAUUUGCGUUUGCGCAUACAUUGGUGGAUGCGUAUCCGAACUCGUGGACGUCUUGGUUCGCUGUUGGAUGCUACUAUUACUUAAUAGGCAAGAACGAGUUAGCGCGGCGAUACCUGAGCAAAGCGAAGAGUUUAGAGCCUGGCGCGGGCUGCGCCUGGCUGGCACAAGGACACAGCUUCGCGGCCGACAACGAGCACGACCAGGCCAUGGCCGCGUAUUUCAAGGCUAGUCAGCUGAUGGCGGGCAGCCACCUGCCGCCGCUGUACGUGGGCGUGGAGUGCGCGCUGCUGAACAACUUCACCAUGUGCGAGCGGUUUCUACUGCGCGCCGCUACGCUGCACUCCUGUACAGAGACGGGUGAGGAAGGAGGCUGGGACACCAUAGCUCGCGUAGUCAAAGAGCCUCAUGUAGCUCACGAGGCAGGGGCCGCCGCUUUUGCCGCGGGUCAACCUGGAGCGGCUAAAGAGCUGUGGUUGGCGGCGUUACAAGCCGCUCCCGAGGUAAGAGGCGAGAGCGAGAACAUGCACCCGCGCUGGGCGGCGACGCUGGACGCGCUGGGGCACGCGUGCCGCAAGCUGGGGCAGCUGACGGAGGCGCUGGCGUGGCACUCGCGCGCGCUGGCGCUGCGGCCCGCGCGCGCCGCCACGUGCGCGGCGCGCGGGCUGUGCCUGGCGCUGCUGGGCCGGGAGCGCGACGCCGCCGACGCGCUGCACGCCGCGCUCGCCAAGGACCCCGACGACGUGGUGGCGCUCGCGCUGCUCGACGCCAUAGUCGACAGGCUCGACAUAGCACUCACGGAGGAAGAAAUCCCAGCCUUCCCAUUCGGCCCCGUGGAGAUCUCCCCGCCGCCCGCGGCCGCGCCGCCCACGCCGGGCGCCGGCACCGACCACUCCGACAUGAGCAUGAGCUUUGAGCUCAGCAUGAACAACGACUGAACACCUACAUUUACACUUAGAACGCCCUGCGAUUCAUUUCAUGCGGUUUCAGAACCGCAAAAAGUGCAACGUUCGGCAUGCUUCAUAAAUGGACACACUUGCAAGACUGAAACCGCAAGAAAUUAAUGACAGUGCGUUCUAAGCCUUCAUCAAUGAAUCCGACAACACCAGCCUAAAGUCGCUACGAUUGAAGAUAAACGCACAUAGAUGUCACUACAAUCGUCUUUUUUUUUAAGGCCUCUAGAAGGCCUGCGGUUGCAUCUAAUUGCCACGAUGCUGUUCAUACUUUUUGUAUUAAAAUAUAUGGGUCGCGGCAAUUAGACCGCAGACAAUUAUUUUUUGAAAAUGACCGCUUAACUUUGCCGCGUCGCGUCACCGUGAACGUUAUCGGAAAGGUUAAAAACAUGUCAUUGAAUCAAUCCAAACAAAAACAUAAACCACAGACAACAUAUUUUUUUGGAUUGCCGACAGUUAUAACUUCUUAUAAUCUGUGGAUUUUCUUUGCGUUUAUUCAGUUUGUACAAUUAGGUAACCAUAGAAAGACUAAAAGCAAAAAUCCUAUAAACACAAGCCGAAAUGAAACUAGUAUUCUUAACUUUCACUUUUAACGGGAACAGAAAGAACUACUUGUAUUUUUUUACCUGUAAAGUUGCUGAUAGUUUUUAUUUCCAUAAACGCAUUCUAUCUAAUGAAGUAAACAAAAAAAGUCUUAAAUCAUGUUGACACCUGUACUUAAACGAAUCGAUUAAAUAAAAUACUCCGUAACAUAACGAAUUCAAUUUCUUAUCAGACUUACUAUGUGUAAAUAUUUUUUACACUAUAUCUGUA